AUGGCCGGCUCCCCCAACUCCAACCUACGCGGCUUCAACCACGCCGUACACACGCUCCUCAAACAACCCUCCCAAUUCCUCCCACACCUCACCAUCCCAACAUUCACAUACCUCCCCGAAGACCUAGGCCCACACCUCAUCCGCAAACAACACCAACCACCCACUCCCCCAGAAAAACCCAUCCAACAACGCAUACCAACAAUCCGCGCCCUCGUCCUCGACAAAGACAACACCCUCUGCCCAGCCAAAACAACCACCUUCCCCCCCAAAAUCCUCACCAAACUCUCUCAACUCCGCGAAUCCCCAACAUCCCCCUUCAACAAAACCACCAACCCCCACGGCAUCCUCAUCGUCUCCAACCGCGCCGGCAGCCACCCAACCUUCGACCACGAAGUCCACGAACUAGAAUCACAGCUGGCCCACCUAUCCAUACCCGUAUUCCGCCUCCCCGCGGGCGCAGAGAAAAAGCCCUUCUGCGGAGACGAAGUAGUGCAGUGGUUCCGGGAGCGGGAGGUGAUUCAGUCGGCGAAUGAGAUUGCCGUUGUGGGGGAUCGAUUGGGGACGGAUGUGCUUAUGGCGGGGAUGAUGGGGUCGUGGAGUGUUUGGUGUAAGGAAGGGGUGUUUGAGGAUGGGGAGGAAGGGAAGGGGGAGAGGAAUAUUUUGGAGAAGAUGGAGGUUUGGAUUGAGAAAUAUCUUCGGGAGAGGAAGGGGUGUGUGGCGCCGGUGCCGAGGGGUUGGGAGGAGCGAGGGAUCUGA